CACUGACGCCGUCCACUACCGCUGAAAUACCAACGGAGAAGGAACUUCCCAAAAUGUUUCUUCGCGUCUUGGAAAUUAUCUUUUUCUUAUACUUUUUGUCCCACAUUCCUAUUACCCUUAUGGUCGAUCUUCAACCUCUACUUCCCGAACACCUAUAUCCAUCCGAGCUGAAAAACCUAUUGCACUGGUAUGCUGCUGAAUUCAAGGAUCCGAUGAUGAUGGACCCACCUGUGUGGUUUAAAUCUUUUGUAUUCUGCGAGGCUCUUGUGCAGCUGCCCUUUUUCCCAAUUGCGGCAUACGCCUUCAUGAAGGGUGGCUGCAAAUGGAUCAGAACUCCAGCAAUCAUUUAUUCCGUUCAUGUGGCCACUACUCUGAUCCCCAUUUUAAGCCACGUGCUUUUUUAUAACUUUCCAUCUGCGCCACAUCCAGGACCCCAAACCCUGAAAGAACGUCUGACCCUGGUGUCCAUUUAUGCUCCGUACCUCAUCAUCCCUAUCAUGAUAUUGCUCACCAUGCUCUUCAGUUCAACAUAUAACUCAACCUCUCCGAAAGGAAACGCUUCCUCAAAGUCCAAGAAACAAAGAUAGAUACAGUUCAUCCUAUCUACACAUUCCUCUUAUGAGUGUGUCUUGAUAAAAUGUGAUUAUAUGUGCCAUUUUCAACCUCAUUGUAAUUGUUUACUGAUGACAACGUAAAUGCAAAAUAUAUUUUUAUUCAAACGUACUUCAAAUCUGUAUGAAGUUUGUCACGUAUUGACUACACACUUGAUAAUCUAAAUGGUAAAUGUAAACAAACAAUAAAUGAGCUUUCAAUGACA